AUGAAGAUCUGGACCUCUGAGCACGUCUUUGACCACCCGUGGGAGAUGGUCACAACAGCUGCGAUGCAGAAAUACCCCAACCCGAUGAACCCCAGUGUGGUUGGCGUCGACGUCCUGCACAGACACGUGGACCCGUCCGGCAAGCUGCACAGCCAGCGACUUCUCAGCACCGAGUGGGGCCUGCCCUCCAUUGUGAGAUCUCUUAUUGGUGCCGCAAGAACCAAAACGUAUGUGCAAGAGCAUUCUAUAGUCGAUCCUGUAGAGAAAACCAUGGAACUUAACUCUACGAAUAUUUCAUUCACAAAUAUGGUUUCGGUGGAUGAGAGACUUAUUUACAAACCACAUCCGCAGGACCCUGAAAAAACUAUUCUGACUCAGGAAGCCAUAAUCACUGUGAAAGGCGUCAGCCUCAGCAGUUACCUGGAGAGCUUAAUGGCAAACACGAUAUCGUCGAACGCCAGUAAAGGCCGAGAAGCCAUGGAAUGGGUAAUCCAUAAAUUAAACGCUGAGAUUGAAGAAUUGACAGCCUCGGCCCGAGGAGGCGUGAGGACACCGAUGGCGGCAGCGGCGUUUGUAGAGAAAUGA